AUGAGCUUAACCGGCUUGAAGCUUCCCGUGGCUCUGCUGCUUUUCCUCGGGUUCACGUUGGACGGGGUUGAGGGAACCUGCAGUGUGGAGCAUUGCACUGACCCCACAAGAUGCGUCCUGUCUAAAGACCAGAGGAGCUGCAAAUGUGCGCUCGGCUUUUAUGCUGACAAGUGUGACCGAAAUGCACAUCUCAAGGUUACGUGUGGUAAAGACCACGUAGCAAUCCGAGCAGCGGAAGCUUUUUUCGAGUAUCACGGCGUGCCACUGGACUCGCUUCACUUGCCAAACAAAUCUUGUGGCGCUAAGAGAGAGCAUAUCGACGGCGUCCCGUACUACGUGUUCAGGGUUUCCAAACACAAAUAUGUGACCUGUGGAGGACUGCCGUUUGAGAAAAAUUUAACUCACAUCUGGUUUUCCCUGAGUGUGAGGUCAGACCCUCGGGUUACUGGAAACAUCAUUAGAGAUCCAGUUAUCAGGAUGGAUUUCACGUGCAUGUAUCCAUUCAUCAGAAGAGUCAGUCUGCCUUUUUCAGUUUCACCAAUCUCCAGCGAGACGGUGAUGCGAGUAGACGAACUUGAAGCCAAGAUACGGAUGAUGUUGUACACAGACCACACUUACACUAAACCUUACACAAGCUCUCCAACCAUUGAACUCCGAGACAAGGUAUAUGUCGAGGUUACGAUGAUAGAGCCUGCAGAUUUAUUUCUGCUCCGAGUAAACGAGUGCUGGGCCACACAGUAUCCCCAGCCGAACUCUACAGAGGGAUCUGUUCACUUCCUGCUUCAGAACGGGUGUGUGAAGGACCAAACGGUUUCCUUCCUUAAUAUAACCGAGGGACAGUCUGGACGUAAUGGGCAGAACUCCACCGUCCGCUACAGCUUCGACAUGUUUCGCUUCACAGCAGACCCUCAUGACCUCUACCUGCACUGCACCGUACAGCUGUGUGACCUGGACGACCACGAGUCCUGCAUUCCCAAUUGUAACUCGAUCAGUAAGAGAGAAGCCGUGAGAGCAGACCCCGAUCAGGGUCUCCUCACCUAUGGCCCCAUCAGGAUCGAAGGACCAGACAGAUCUCAGUCCAGCGCACUGUUGGCGGUGGUGCUGCCCGUAGCAGCUGUGUGGACUGUCGGCUUCUUCCUCAUCAUCCUCAUCACUGUGGCCAAGGCUGGCAGAAAGAGGCUAGCGAAAAUAGAGGAGCAGUGAUGACAAUGCUGCUGGCAGCACAAAUAAAACAUUAAAAUGUGCAUUUUUUUUCCUUUUUAUUAUGAUGACGACCAUAACAAGUGUUCUCACUGCA